GAGGGGUGAGAGUGGGACGGUCACAGCUGGAGAGCAGUGUGGAGAGGACGGGACACUGAUGAAGUUCAGGAUACAAAGCAAAGUGGAUGUUUGGGAGCAAAUACUUCCGUGGUUGGAAAUUUUUAUACGCGCGAAGACACAAUCUGGACUUUUGACUUUAUAUAGAAAUUAAUCUCGUUUUGGCAAUCGCGUAUUUUGCACGACCACACCAUUACGGAGGAGAAUAAAAAACUUAGACAUAACUGCAGAUCUCCACACAUCGCCUCCGGGAUGUUUAGAUGAUACCAGUGACUCCAAAAGAUCCUUCAGGCUCUAAGAUGCCAGUAAUGACCCUGCCUGGUUAAGGAGCCUCACCUCCCUCUGCUGUGUCCAGUGCUGUGGCGCCCUCUGCUGUGUGACUGAGGAAGGCCAGGAAGAGCAGUAUGGGGAACAUACUAGAGGAGGGGAUGAACGCUGUCAUCGUCAACCACUACAACCACUCAGGGAAGUGGGACCGGCCUCGCAGCGGCGGGGCCUGUAAGAUGGCUGUGCUGCUCUUCAUCUGCGUGCUGAUUGUCCUGGAGAACGUGACGGUCCUGCUCGCUCUGUGGAGGAACAAGCGCUUCCACAGCCGCAUGUACUUCCUCAUAGGAAACCUGGCACUGUCAGACCUACUGGCUGGUGUGGCCUAUGUGGUCAACAUCUUUACCUCAGGACGCAACACCUUCUUCCUGACUCCAGUGCAGUGGCUGGCCAGAGAAGGGAGCAUGUUCGUGGCCCUCAGCGCGUCCACGUUUAGCCUUCUGGCCAUUGGGAUUGAGAGGCACAUGACUAUGGUGCGCCUGCGUCCGUGUGAGACAGCAGGCCGGGGGAGACUUCUGGGACUGCUGGCUGCCUGCUGGCUUGUGUCAGUGCUGCUUAGUGCUCUGCCCAGCCUGGGCUGGAACUGCCUGGACAAUCUGGCCUCCUGCUCCACAGUGCUGCCGCUCUAUGCCAAGAGUUAUGUGGCCUUCUGCAUCAGUGUGUUCAGCGCCCUGUUGGUGGCCAUCAUCAUCCUCUAUAUCAGGAUCUACCGCCUGGUGACAUCUAGCGGCCGCAGGGUGAGCAGCCGGCCUUCAGAGCGCUCACUGGCCCUGCUGCGGACAGUGGUUAUUGUUCUUGGAGUGUUUGUCAUGUGCUGGACCCCCCUCUUCCUGCUGCUGCUGCUGGAUGUUGGCUGUAGCCCAGAUAAUUGCCCUGUGCUCUACCAGGUGGACUGGUUUAUAGCCCUGGCUGUGCUCAACUCUGCCCUCAACCCUCUGAUAUACACUCUGUCCAGCAGGGAGAUGAGGGCAGCUUUCUUCAGGCUGCUGUGCUGCUGUCAGACCAGCAUGGAGCACACAGGGACUCCAGUGGUGGGCAACCCACACCUGGGCACAGUCAUCCCCACAGGGGAGAAUAGCAAGACCAGUGGAGGAGGGGGCAGCGGGGCUUGCAAGACCACGCUGAACAGAGGGAAGGUUCCCACACCUAUGAACUCUGAAAACAAGCAUGGAGAUCCCUCAACCACUCCUCUUCCCCAUCCCUCUGGGCCUGCAGACCUGCUCUCAGCUGUGCUAGUGAAGGCGGGGGCGCUGCCGCCCCUCAGCAAGUUCUGAGUGGAAGCACCUUAAUGAGGCCUCACAGUCACAAAGACAUAGACAUAGAACUGACAUAAUCCUGCUAUCAGCCACUUUUUCUUCAUGCACUAAGGCCCAUGUAGCAGUGAAUAGGAUGAAGGAAUGAUAUUCAGUUGGAACCACAUGAAUGCAGAUUAGAGUACAAUCAGAAUCAUUUAAAGCCACUAUUUACAACAACUCAAUAUUAUUCACAACACUAGAGUGACUGAUAUGUGUUUGUCUUACACAAUAAUUUAUGUUCAGUGUUUCACAUUUCAAAACUAUGAAAUAUAACAGGAUUAUUUCAGGGACGUGGAUUACACCAAGCCCCAAAUUAAAUCUUUAUGUUACAGUCGGUACCUUUGAUGAAAAUAACCUUUUGUCAUAUUUGCUGAAACUGUCACAACAAACACACAGUAUUAUAUGAGACAAAUAGUCUGAAAAAAAUCAUGUCCCUUCUCCUCCAAUUACAUCUCAUGGCAUUAGCCAGAAUCUACCCCAGUGCACUGAAGACAACCAGUCAGAGCUGAUGAGUCUAAUGCAGCUGUCAGUCAUGCCUAUCACAGCUCAUGUGCAGCCGAACUGUCAAACUAGGCAGCGUUGAUCAAAUACAAAUCAGGAUUCUGUUACUGCGUUACCUAGUGCAGUGGUUCCCACCUGGUCCAGCCGCAAGGUCCAGACUUCAUCCGCACAGUUUAAUACAUUCACCGUCAUACUGGCCAUGUCAUCAAGCUAGUUUGCUGUCUCUGUCAAGUGGCUGUCCAUUAGUCACUCACUCUACAGCAGGAAACCGCACUUCACAAUAAAAGCUCUGUGCCAGAAAUUCACUGUACCUCAAAAUAAAGUUGUUGUUUUUUUUUACAAUCCUGACAUGUUUGUGAGUCACUUGCGGCCUAUUCAGAAUGGGCCUGUGACCCACUUUUGGACCACGACCCACCUGUUGGGCACCACUGUUUUAGUGUACUGUUUAUCUGUAAAAUGAGAACAUCUGUGCCCUGGCUGCCAUGUUGGAUACAAUUACACGGAUGAACAAGCACCCUUCAGCAGCCUGACAAAGGUCCUCACUUUACAGCUAAACAGUACACUAAAAUGUGUUUCUGAAAAUAUCUGAGGUGAGAAAUAGGCAAUGCAGUAACAGAAUCUUGAUUUGUAUUUGAUCAGCGCUGCCUAGUUUGACAGUUUGACCACAGUUUACGUGACUGACGUGAUUGACAGCUGCUUUAUGAACUCCUCAGCUUUGAUUGUUGUUUUCAUUCACGUGAGGUAAGGAAGUGUGGUGGCAGAGGUGAACAAAUAAGGAGUGAAAUGAUCAAGUUGUCAUUUGUGUGAUAACAGAGUCAGUCUAUUUCAGCUGAAAGGUCAGAGCUCUGACACCUGGCGUGUCCUCUCUUGGUCUGACAAAGAAUCACAGAUUCACUCACAUAAUUAAAACUUAAAGUGCACAGCAAAAAGGAGGCAAAGGGAGGCCUCCGGUUACCUGAUAACUGUCAUGAGAACAGCUACAAAGCAAGCUUCUCAUACAGCAAUGAAAACUCUCCAAGGACACAGUUCACUUCAGGUACAAGGGAGCCUUAUACACAGAAGGAAGCAGAAUGCAAAUAUGAUAAAAGGUUAUUUUUAGAAAAAUUACCAACUGUAGCUUUAAUUUAUGUCUGUUAAACUAGACUUGGUAAUUGUUCAAGCAGCAACAGAGUACAGAUAAUUUUAUUAGUGUUGUGUCUGUCAGUGUGUUUAUUUCAUUGUGUCACAUCAAACUGGGGCACUUUUUUUUGCAUGUGCAAGUACUCUUAAAAACACCUGCAUUUUCCAUCACAACUUGACUUGGUAAACUAUUUAUUUUCUGUGAAAACAUUUGCCAUCUUAAUACUGUUGGUAUACUUGUGUAGUAUAGUUUGUGUGCUUUAAAAAACCAUCAUGGUACUAGGACUUUAUUAUUGAUUUUGUCAUGAUUUGAGAUGCACUGUGAGAGAAAACAAGACCAAGCGUUUGCUGGUCAGACUAGCGGCCUGGUGAGGCUGUGAUGCUCAUUACACACCAGAAAAUAUUUGUUCAAAUGAAUGAAAAAUGAGACGUUGCUAUUAUUAGAGCGUAGAGGUUGUCUUGAUAGUGGUGCUGCAGGAAAAUCUCCAACGAGUGGGGUUCACUUUCUGUACGGUGGCCAAUGUUGGACAUUUCAGCUCCACACUACAAAAACUGUCUCAUCUUUCAUUGGUCUUUAAGCUCUACUCUGUCAGCAUCUGUGCACCGCACCGGGAGCUGAAUUAGCGUGGCUAAUAACUACACUCGUGGACAUUUUUGCUUCUCAUCAGCACAUCUAGAAACCACUCACACGUCAACUAACCACUAGUGAAUAGGAGUGUUGGAUGUGAAUUAUUUAAUGGUGGUAGACUGUAAAUGACAUUUCUGCCUAGGGUGGUGUAGUGCCUGAUACCAUUAUAUAGCAAAUACAAUAAAAUCCUAUUCCCUUUUA